AUGUGCAUCAGCGCAGCGGAGAACUGGGCUUCAAUCAUGGCCCUCCGUGCUUUGCAAGGCUUCUUCGAAUGCGCCGUCACUCCAGGCUUUCUCUUCAUCACUGGCGCCUGGUACAAAUCGAAAGAGCAUGCGGACCGGUCACUUUUCUGGCAAUCGUCUGAAGGCUUCUUCUCCAUUGUAUGCAAUCUGAUGCUGUACGGGAUUGCCAGAUACGUCGAAGGUCACGGCGGCCUGGCUGCGUGGCGUUGCAUCUCACUCUUUCUGGGUGGCCUCACUCUCGUGGGUGCCUUUGCCUCUUUCUUCAUUCUGGGUACACCGCACGAGGUUCGUUGGUUGAGCAAGGAGGAGAAGCGAAUGGCCACCGCUCGAACCAUCAGCAACAAUGUCGGUCAAGACACCACCGGGAAAGAAUGGAAAUGGGACCAGGUUAUCGAAGCCUUCAAAGAUCCUCAGCUGUACUUUAGCUUCGCCAACACCUUUCUGUCCAACAUUCCUAACGGUGCCAUCACCACCUUCAGCUCGCUCAUGUACGAGUCAUUUGGGUUCAACUCAUGGCAAUCCAUGCUCUAUGGCUGCCCUCGCAACGCGGUCUACGUGGGUGUGUUUCUCCUGGUGGCGCUGUACACCCGGAAGGUUCGCAACCAGCGUCUCUGGGUCAUGUUGCUCAGCGCCAUCCUUGCGUUCAUCGGGAUCCUCACCAUGUCGUUGCUUCCAAACACGCCGGAACACAAGUGGACCAAAUACGGCAUGUUCAUUUUGACGGUGGUGUUCUCGCUGUCCAUCUUCCUUGGUUGGAGUCUGAUCCCCUCGAAUGUGGCUGGAAAGACAAAGAACAGCGUCAUCUCCUCCAUGACUCUGAUCUCGUACUGUGCUGGCAACAUGGCCGGUGCUCAAGUGUUCCAGACCAAAGAUGCGCCCAGGUACCUUCCCGGCACUAUUGCCUGCGCCGCCUGCUUCGGCGUCCAGUUCGUUGUUAUUCUCCUCUGGCGUUUCUACUACAUGUGGGAGAACAGACGUCGGGACCGUGCCGCUGCAGCAAGUGGCCUGUCGAUGGAGGAGCAAGAGCGAAUUGGGCGCGAGUUGGGUGAGGCUGAUGUCACAGACAUGAAGAACCCCCAUUUCCGUUACGCCAUGUAG